AAGUGCAGCUCAGCUUCACACAGACAGUGCAAGGCUAGAGGCCGGGCUCACACUCACACUCAGCACUGUGCUCGCCUUCCUCCCCCCCUUUUUAUUGUCCAGACUGUGACUCCUGUGAGUGGCUGCGCUCUGGUUCCUGUGGUCGGACUGGGGAUGGGAAAUCUGUCAGCAGAGACUGUCCCUCCUCCCCCUGGCUGCAGAUCAUUGCUGUGUGGGAGGGCAGGGAUGGUCCUGGGUUCUGGCUUUUCUUGCUAGACAUGCUCAUGCGGCCCGUUAUCUGGUGCAGGCUGCCAGCCUCUCACGUUUCGCUCUUCAUGGUCUGCCUCAGCCUGAGCUAGCCGCUGCCUCUGUAUUAUCCCAUGUGUGUGAGCUCAGCCACCCUCAGCCAACGCUAUCAUGGUGAAAUUCCCAGCACUUACCCCUUAUUGGCCCCUCAUCCGCUUCUUGGUCCCCCUGGGGAUCACCAACAUAGCCAUUGAUUUCGGGGAACAGGCAUUAAAUAGAGGAAUUGCUGCGGUCAAAGAAGAUGCCAUUGAGAUGCUUGCCAGCUACGGUUUGGCUUACUCCCUCAUGAAGUUUUUCACGGGUCCCAUGAGCGACUUUAAGAACGUAGGCCUAGUCUUUGUGAACAGCAAGCGGGAUAGGACGAAGGCUGUACUGUGUAUGGUCGUAGCUGGCAUUGUGGCUGCUGUGUUUCAUACACUCAUAGCAUAUAGUGAACUGGGGUACUAUAUAAUAAACAAGCUGCAUCAUGUAGAUGAAUCCGUUGGAAGUAAAACGCGAAAGGCCUUCCUUUACCUUGCAGCGUUUCCAUUUAUGGAUGCUAUGGCAUGGACACAUGCUGGCAUUUUACUCAAGCACAAAUAUAGCUUCCUGGUUGGGUGUGCUUCCAUCUCUGACGUCAUAGCACAGGUGGUGUUUGUUGCCAUUCUGCUACACAGUCACUUGGAAUGCCGAGAACCUCUUCUGAUUCCGAUCUUGUCCUUGUAUAUUGGGGCUCUUGUACGAUGCACCACGCUGUGCUUGGGCUACUAUAAAAACAUCCAUGACAAGAUCCCAGACAGCUGUGGCCCAGAGUUUGGGGGAGAUGCUACAAUAAGAAAGAUGCUGAGUUUUUGGUGGCCUUUAGCACUCAUAUUGGCUACUCAGCGGAUCAGCAGGCCGAUCGUAAAUCUCUUUGUGUCACGGGACCUAGGUGGCAGUGCAGCAGCGACAGAGGCAGUGGCAAUCCUAACUGCUACAUACCCUGUUGGGCACAUGCCGUAUGGCUGGCUUACAGAACUCAGAGCCGUGUACCCUGCGUUUGACAAGACUAACCCCAGCAAUAAAGUUGUGACCGCAAACAGCCCAGUCACCAAAACUCAUAUAAAGAACUUCACAUUCUUUUGCAUGGCAUUGUCUCUAACGCUAUGUUUUUUGAUGUUCUGGACCCCAAAUGUAUCGGAGAAGAUCCUUGUUGACAUUAUCGGUGUAGAUUUCGCUUUUGCAGAGUUGUGUGUGAUUCCAUUGAGAAUCUUCUCAUUUUUCCCAGUGCCAGUUACUGUGCGUGCCUACUUAACCGGCUGGUUGAUGACACUCAAGAAGACAUUUGUUCUUGCGCCAAGCUCUGUUUUAAGGAUUAUCGUGCUCAUCUCUAGCCUGAUUGUCUUGCCUUACCUUGGAGUCCACGGAGCCACAUUAGGAGUAGGAUCACUUCUAGCAGGCUUUGUGGGAGAAUCAACCAUGGUUGCUAUUGCAUCUUGCUAUGUAUACAGAAAGCAGAAAAAAAAGGAUGAGACUGAAAAUGCUGUGGAAGGAGAAGACUCUGCAAUGACUGACCUGCCUCGUAAUGAAGAGAUAACAGACAUAGUUGAAAUGAGAGAAGAUGGAGAAUAAGAAAGAACAUUUGAUUGUCAUUUGCAAUGCAGUCAGAAUCUCCCUCCAUCCCUCUUUAUAUAUAUAUAUAUAUAUAUAUAUAUAUUUUAUUUUUUACCUGUAUGGAAACUUGGGUAUAAAAGAUUCCAGAGUUCUUAGCAUACUGGGUAUGCUUAUGCUUUGAGAUGCCUAAAAGAAAGCUUUUGCUUUUACAAAUAACGUGAUUAAUUCCCCUUCCCAUGGACAUAUAGGUGGUAAUAACCCAAAAGAGAGACAUUUACCCCUUUCCAUACUUUGAGCUUCAUUGGACAAUCUCCAUUUGUCAACCAAAGUGCUACUCUACGUCUCAACUGAUUAUGAAGCAGCCAUCCUACACAGGUUCCUGGUUAGCCGAAACUUUAUUUUUUCAGAUGUUGAAAAGCGGAACUUUAAGUCUAUGUUUCUCAUAUCACAAUAUUGUGUAUGAAGAAUCCUUCUACAGUGCAAAAGGGAUGUAUUUUAAGAAACUACAGGUACAAUUACACAGUGAUUACAAAUGGACUGGGCCAGACUGGGACUGUAUAUUGGGAUUGGACAUAGUCUGUUUAAUUAAGCGUUUUGUGAUCACGUGUGUGAUAUCACGUGCCCACUGAAGUGGAACGUCAACUUACCAAGUGGUCUACAGGGUCCAUUGUCUAGUCUUUCCCACCAAUUCUCACUGUGUAGCAGAAAAAUCGUGCUUUUAUACCACACGUCAAAUAAGAAUGUGUUUCCGUAAAAAUUUUUAACUAGAGCAUUUAGAUUUCAACAGCAUUUUUAAAAGGUUUGGCAUUACUUUCCAUUUGUCACAAUUAUAUUUUCUUACUGAUUUUAUUGACUUGUACAAUAGAGGUCAUUUCCUUAUACAAAAACAAAAAAUUAAUAAA